UAGCUUGCGGGAGGUGCGACCCGGCUCUUGGGGGUCUCUCUAUCAAAACCACCCCCCCCCCCUCCCUCCUCCCUCGCACCAGCCGCUUGGAACAAGCGCUCAUAUCCACAAAGCGGAGGAGCGGUGGGAAGCCAGGCAGGCAGGCAAGGCGAAGCGAGGCGACCGGCAUCAGUAAUCGAACACAACGCGAGAUCAGUAACCGCGACAUGCAGCGCGCCUCUUCUCGUGAAAUGUGCCGUACGCGUGCGCGCGCGCGGUGCACGCAGCUCCUCCGCACGAGAUUCGCUGUGUUGUGAGAUGUCGUCUGCCUGCUUGCUGCUGCUGCUACUGCUGCUGCCGCUGCUGGUAUAGAGAAGGGCAACGGGGGUUGUUGUGCCGUUCGAUAUCCGGCUGUGAGCUCCAGCGUUAGACCGUGAGCGCGGGGCUCAGGUGAAACAGAUCCCAGCAAGGCGAGUUCGCAACGCCUGUGGCCUCAAGCCACCCCGAUCGACACGAGUCGGCACAGGUGAGAAGCGGAGGGACCGCGAGCGGCUUUCGCGCACGGUUAUGAAAAGGCCACCGAGUCCAAUGAGGAACGUAUACGGAGAUCCUUCUGCUUGGAGCAAUGGAUUUCUCUCGCGGGAAAUCCCUGCAAACCGCGCCAUCGUUCCCCCGUCAACCUCAGAAUACUGGGAUGCUGCAGGGGGACCUGACAAGCCCCCAGACCCCAUGCUGUACACUGGGAACGCACUCCCGGAGAUGCAAGGGCCCUGGGCGCGCAGUGACUCUCGCUCCGUCAAGCUGGCAGGUAACCUAGCAGAUCCCGUGACCGCCCCGGCUGAAACGUGGGACACUGCUCCUCCGGCCCAGCAUCUCUCUGCGAGUGGCGUGGUGCCCGCCUCUGGCUGCUGGAGCAACGGCGCUGAGCCAUUGCCAGCGAUGGCACAAAACGAGUUUGGGCUGCCCAUGAUUUGGGACGUCGGCCGAGACUUGCCGAGAGAAUGCCCGCAGCGUGCCGAGGCACCCGAGGAAGGACUGCAUGGGCCUCAAGAUGUCGAUGGUCACCGGGCGGCCAAGAAGUCCGGCGUUACGUUCUGUGAAAUCUGUAACAUCCAGCUCAACUCGCGAGCGCAAACUCAGAUCCACUACAACGGGAAGUCGCACCGCAAACGGAUACGGCAGCUGGCUAAAGGCUGGCUGGUCUGCACAGCCAAUGCUUGCCCGGGAGGGAUUCUUCCUGCGAUGGUGCGGGGCCCGACUGGACUUCUGCAGCCCGGUCUGGAUAUCAAUCCGUUGCUGCACUUCCCACUCCUCGCCAACCUCAACAACAAUGUGGACCCGGUGCAAAAGGCGGUCAUCACGCACACGUUUGGAGUACCCAUUUUACCUCGCCGGAAACACAGCUACUCCUGCAGCAUCUGCCAGACAAGGUUCAACUCGGAGACUCAAGCCAUUGCUCACUUCAAAGGAAACAAGCAUGCCAAGAGACUCAAAUCACUCGAGGGUGGAAUGCACAAACAGAGUAAAAGUUCUGGCAAAGAUGAAGUUAAGCGGAACGGGGCAUCUAAACCCGACUCUAUGGGCAAUAAAGGCCCCAACGAAGCGAUAAAAAAGAUACCAAAGUACCACAUGAAAUCAAUGAAUCUCAAUGUCGGGAGAGAGACGCACGGCGCGGGGAGAGCGGUAGCAGAGCUGGACACCGCGGAUAAACCCUCGUCCCCAAGUACCGUCUCGGGUGACAACGGCAAGCUACCACAGCCGGAUCCAGCCUCUGCCUCUGGUGGAGGAGUUGGAGGAGUAACAGCAGCAGCAGCAGGAGGAGGAGGUUUAGAAGGAGGAGGAGGAGAAGGAGGUGGAAGCAGUAGCAGCAGCAUCAGCAGUGUGAACAGUGGCACAGCCACGCUGGGCACGGAGACGGAGGACGAGAAAUCGAAGCGCCUCCUCUACUGCUCCCUGUGCAAGGUGGUGGUCAACUCGCAGUCACAGCUGGAUGCUCAUAACAACGGUGUCAAGCACAAGACGAUGUUUGAAGCGUGGAGUGGUGGCGGUUCCAUAAGAGCAUUUCCCAGGCCGGGCUGCAAAGUCAGCAGCCAGAAUGGCAGCGCCGCAGGCUUCGGCCUUCAAGACAAGACCUUUUACUGCGAGAUCUGCGACGUCCACGUGAAUUCGGAGACGCAGCUGAAGCAGCAUAUCACGAGCAGAAGACACAAAGACCGAUCUGCGGGCAAACCUCCAAAACCAAAAUUUUCUCCAUAUAACAAGCAACAUCGCCACUCCGGCCCUGUCACGGCAGGCAAGGUCUCCUUUGCGAGAGACCUGCGCGGCAAGCCUCUGGCAUUCCUUCCAGCUUCCCUGGCCGCUGCGGCCGCAGCUGCCGCAGCGGCCAACCCGCUGGGCCUGGCUCCAGGGCCGCCCAACUCGUCCGCUCCGUCGAUCUUCACGUCGUCCCCGCUCGGAGUGGGCCAGCCAUCAGCCAUGCUGAGGCCUUCCCCGGGACCCAUUCGGCAGGCUCACGGCUCUUUUCUUUUCGCACCUUACUGAGCCAUUCCACGCGGGAGUCCGUGUUCGCUGUGUGCACCGUGUGUGAAUUCUAUAUUUGAAGCUUUCGCGACUGCAAGGAUUCAUAUUCUUAGGUUUUUUUCGGUAAAGUCACGUAGGUAAAAAAAAAAUUAAUUAAUAAAGUAAAAUUAAAAAAAAUAACGACGUUUCGGAGGCUAUCGUGCUGUGACUGUUCCAACUGAAGACGGAGGCUUGUGUUGCCUCCGAAACGUCGUGAUUUUUAUUUUUAUUUUACUUUUAUUAAUUUUAACUUUUUUACCUACGUGACUUUACCGAAAAAACCUAAGAAUAUGCACUGUGUGUGUGUGUGUGUGCUCCUGCUGCUGCUGCUGGUGGUCACAUCACACCACCCAUCGUUUGUGCGCCGUGCCAAACUUCAUAAGUGGUUGCUGACGGUAUUAACUCCAAACGGCAUAUUAGAGCUACGAGGGGAGUGGGGGGAAUCUUUGUCUUGCUUCUUAUUCUAGGCAACAACACAAAAUGAAAACACGUAAAAGCAAUACUCCAUUUGUGUGUCCUCACGUACGUGCAAAUGUGUUUUAGCCCAACAACCUACUGGCUUUGCAGAACAAUAUUAUCCAGCAGCAUUUGUUCCAGCAAGCAAACUCUGGAUCGCUAUCGACAAUCUGGGUCUCAUCAGCAGAACCCUCUCACCAACAGAAGGUUGAAACCAGCCCAGAGUCUUCUUCAAACAAUUACUGCUGGAUAUCGGUCUGGAAGGCCAACAGACUAAAACAUUUAUCAGUUUUUAUUUAAUAUGUGGAGAUACAGUAUGGAGUUCUGCUUUUACAUUAUUGUAUAAUUGAUGCUCCACAAAAAUGCUUAAUGAGUUUGCAUACAAAACAAAAGUCUCUUAGAAUUAAACAUAUAGUAGCAUAUUGAAUUCCAAUGGCCAUGCUUCUAUUAUAUUAUGGAUGGCAUAUUCUGAAUUUAGCGUUCAUUUUAUAAUGCCCAGCAAAUGCCUGGUUCGUGCGCACAUAUAAUAUCGUAAUUUGAUUGUUGUCUAAGAUUUACCACGAGGUAAUAUUUCGUUUAUGCGUAAGGGCAUCAUGCUGCGUAUGACACACUCGUGACAUUUGUACGAUGCGAAUUAUCGACGGUGUUUUGUUAUUCCCAAUCUGCACAACAUUUCCCAGUGCUUCGUUAUUUCACAGCUUGCUCUGUGUCAGCACACAUUGCCAGCAAAAAAGAGACCCAUUCGGUCUUUAUGGGCAUGCCUAUUGUGCAGUGUCUGCACGAAAACACUAUCCAACUUGAAAAAAAAAACGUCUCACUUAAAAAAAAAGAGGACAAACAUAAAUUAAAGGACGUGACGUUGAAUUGAACCAUCCGCGUCUACCCUUUUUUUUUCACCCGACAACAUUUAUCCUGCUCGUGCUCGCUCGUCUUCUCGAGAUGCGCGUCUGUGGCAUUUGUAAAACUAAAAAAAAGACGUCAACGGCACGGUUGUUAUUCCACCCCGGUUGGCUUUGAAAUCGCUGUCUGAGCUGGUUUGCAUCUGAUCUUCGUGACCUUGGGAAACAAAGCGUUGGCUCCUUCUGUUCACUCAGCGCUACAGCUGGUUCGUCGUAAUGGUGGGGCAAAAAAAAUCUCGCAGUGUUUCACUGGGACUUUGUAGAGCCAAUUUUCCUCGGCGUCCUUGUUAAGCGCAACGCCUCUGCUGCUGCUGCUGCUGCACAGACGGAAAUCCAAACCCGCAGAUGCGUGUAUGAAAGUAAAUCUAUUUGCAUACAGUACCUCUUAACGUUUGCCACCUUUGUGAAGAUGCCAGGAGCUAAAAAUCUCAUUAGCGUCGGUGAAUUUCUUUCAGAGAUCACAAUGGCUUUAAUUAGUAAAUGGAUCAUGCCGCGAUUAAUGAUCCUGAACUUGGAAUUAGGACUGGGAAGUGAGUGCAUAUGGUUGGAGAGAAAUAAUUAUAUAAUUUUAAUAAAGAGUAAAUGUGGAACGUUGAGCCAUUUAACUUUUAUUGGUUUAAUUUAUUAAUGUACAGUAUGAUAUUUACAGUAUGGUAUUUACAGUAUGGAAUGAACCACUGGUGGACAAUUAGAGUAUACAGAUGAUUUAAAACACUAAAUUUAGCUGACAUCUAAUAGCUAAUAACUUGAUCAUCCAGUAUGGUAUUUACUAUUAUAUAAGUGAUGGGGUUGAUAUGGUAUUUGCUUACUUGUAAAGUCCACCUUUGGAAACAGGCGGGAGAGGUGCAAUGUUUAAUACCUUGUAAAUUACCCUGAGACCCGAUUAUAUGUAAGGCUGUGUAAAUGUAAACAGUAAUGAUUAACAACAACAAAAUUUUUUUUAAAGCGCAAGUUUUAAUUGCUUUCACACUUUGCUACACACAUGUUCAUAAUGCAGUAUCCAUGAUUGUGUAAACUGUGUCCCACAUGGAUGUUUGAUUAGAUACAUGAGCACCUGUUCAUUGUAGACAGUUAUAAAUGCAACGUGCUCUGAUGCAAUUUAUUGAGACCCUGUAACUUAGCAAUGAUGGUGUAUUAAAUAUGCAUAGUUUCGGUUGGCCCGGUAACUCAGACCUCAGAACAAUGAGCUGGCACCGCUGAGGGCCUCGGUUUGAAUGCCUUAGGUUAGACCGGGUCCUCAAUUCUAAUGAGUUGACGGUCUCUGCCCGGUCACCAAUUACUCCCCGAACCAAAAAAAAGGUCACGUGAAAUGUGGUUGCUGCAGUCAAUUCGGCUUAAAUUCCAGCUCAGAGAAUGAAAAUAUCAGAUUGAAUGUCAUUCUCAAACCACACUCUCACAUGCAGAGCAAGUGGAAAGCGCUGCCCUCUCCUGUGUGUGGAUCAGAGGUCCACGGAACGGACCUUGUCAGGUUUUUUUUCUGUGAUAUCCCACUCGUGUGGGCUGUUGUCCGACAGGAAGGGUUGCACUGCUGUGUGAGAGACCCCCAAAGGUUACUUCGUCACAUGACGUGACGCCGAUGGCACAAAGGGGAUAACAUUGGGGGGGGCAGGGGACAUUUAAUAGACACUAGAACAUCCACAGUUAAUCUCAGUGAUGUGUAAUUAAUAUUAAAUCGUCUGGUUUUACUUUCAUGCAAAUUUGGUGUGCAAAGUACGAUAUGUAUCUUGUGAAUGUGUGAAAUGUAGAUUCUUAUCUGCUGGUAUUUUUGACGUUAUGGACCCUAAAUACCUAAUCUAGAAAGAAUAUAGCAAUCAUAAUAGCAAGGACAUACACAUUGUUAUGCUUGGCAUAAGUUUAAUAUUGGCAAAUAAUGUUAUAAAUGAAAUCAUACGCUUAUCUACGUAAAUAUAUUCACGAUUCAUUAUUAUUUUAUUUUUUCAAAAGCAAUCUCAGAAAAACGUUGGUCAACAUCUUGGCUGUAUAAUCCUAACGGACAGAUAUUUAACCACACUCAUUAAAAUUAACAAAUGCUUUCAGAAAGAAAAUAUACAAUAGGUUGUACCUUAAAUUUUGUAGAUAUCACUACUUUUUUCAAAAAAAAAAUCUUAUAUUUCUAUGUCUGAUUUGCCUUUUUAAUGUUACAAAUUUAAUUUUUUUUAAAUUAAUUUUGCACAAGUGCUUGUUUUUGGCUUCUUUUUCGCAGGUGCAAAACAUGAUGGGAUUAUUGUGACAAUUGUGUACAUUAUAUUUUGUAUUUGUGUUAUAUUUAAUAUUGUAUUUUGAAACGAUGUGAAUAAUACUAAUAAUAAAUGCAACUGGCUUUACAAAAGACACAAAUGUAUGCUCAUGGCCAGGGUCAGGUCUUGCAAAUGCUGUGGCAUUGUAAAGACAAAAAUCAGCUCGUCAACGACCGUGCAUUGCUACUGACAUGUUUCAUGUCUUGUUCAUGUGUAUUCAAAGCAUAAAAAGCAAUAAAUGUUAUAAAUUUGUGUAUAUACUUUCUACGAGAAGAAAAAGUCAAUUAUAUUUCACAAAGGUGUCGCUAUAUAUAUUCAUCUGAGCAACACGCAUAGCCGCUAAUAAUUUUGAAUUGAAAACAAAAUGAAGAGUUUUAUAACAUCGCCCACGGAGAUACAGCGGUCCUUUGCUUGUACAACAAAUGACUGCACGGGACCAAAUGUGGAUUUAUAUAUAGAGUAAAUAUAUAUAAUGUUUCGAAUCGCAUCAUAUAGACGAUACGAUUGUGCAUUACGUAAGUAGAACACAUCUCUUGGUGCCAGUGUUUUGCUGCUUUUGUGGAUGUUUUUUUCAUUGUCUACUUGUCCUGAAACCAUCGUCAAUUUGAUGGAUUUCAACUUAGUUUAGCACACAAAUAAGAACACUAUAUUGUAUAUGAGCACCAUAAGUUAUAAGUUGUGCUUUGCAAUGAUAAAAACAGUGGGUUUUUUCUUUCUUCAAAAAGCUUUCUUCAGUUGCAUCUUUGUCAAUCAUACAACCGUGCAUCAAGUUUUUGUGCUGUACAAAAACCGAAUAUGGUGUAAUUAAAGAGCCAGUGUAAUGGUUGUACAUGUUGUACAUUGCUUAAUGUGUUAGGGCCAUUAUUUUUUAUUAGUGAAUGGACCACUGCAUUGUUGAAAUAGUGGAACUGAAGUUUAAUAAAGAUGUGAU